CCUUUGUUUGUGUAGAGUGAACAGCAAUAUGGCGACUUCCAAGAGUGCCAACACUUACAACAGACAAAACUGGGAAGAUUCGGAAUUUCCAGUUCUCUGUCAAACAUGUCUUGGAGACAAUCCUUAUAUAAGAAUGAUGAAAGAAAAAUAUGGCAAGGAAUGCAAGAUAUGUGCACGACCUUUUACCGUGUUUCGAUGGUGUCCUGGUGCCCGAAUGAGGUUCAAGAAAACUGAAGUGUGUCAGACUUGUUCCAAGUUGAAGAAUAUUUGCCAGACAUGUCUCUUGGAUUUGGAUUACGGUCUCCCUGUGCAAGUCCGAGAUGCUGCUCUUAAACUACAAGAUAACAUUCCUAAGUCAGAUGUCAAUAAAGAAUACUAUACUCAGAAUAUUGAAAGAGAGAUCAAUAACAGCGAUGGCACCACAGCAGCAGGUGCUUUAGCCAAAGCUACAGCUCCAAGUGACAUGUUACUGAAAUUGGCAAGGACAGCGCCUUAUUAUAAACGCAACAGGCCACACAUAUGUUCUUUCUGGGUUAAAGGAGAGUGUAAACGUGGAGAAGAGUGUCCUUACAGACAUGAAAAGCCCACUGAUCCCAAUGAUCCACUGGCUGAUCAAAACAUUAAAGACAGAUACUAUGGCCUUAAUGAUCCUGUAGCUGAUAAGCUGAUCAAGAGGUAUGCAACCAUGCCCAAACUGGAGCCACCUGAAGAUAAAACUAUCACAACAUUAUAUGUUGGAAACCUUGGUGUCCGUAUUGCAGAAAAAGAACUGAGGGACCAUUUCUAUCAGUUUGGAGAAAUCCGUUCUAUCAACGUGGUCAGUAAGCAACACUGUGCAUUUGUUCAGUUUACAAGCCGUUCUGCUGCAGAAUUGGCUGCAGAACGUUCAUUCAAUAAACUCAUCAUCCUUGGCCGACGUUUGAACAUUAAAUGGGGAAGAUCUCAGGCUCAACAGACUUUAAUGAAGAAGGAAGAUAUAGAAAAUGAGAAUCUUCUGGAACCUGUACCCGGUUUACCUGGGGUGACAUUACCAUUGCCACCUGAAGAACUGACCAACAACUAUUUUAAUCUUGGCCAGCCACCACCACUGGUACCUCCACCACCACCACAAGGUGUACCUCCCCGUAUUCCACCCCCAAUGGCACCACCGUUUAACAAUAUGCCUCGAGGUCCACCUCCUCCACCACCAGGUGUCAGACUACCCCCACCACCACCUGGAAUACUACCUGUGCGGCCACCGCCACUGAUCCCACCUCGAACUACUCAGCUCAACUCUGUCCACUAUCCAUCACAAGACCCGACACGUAUGGGAGCAGUAACUGUCACCAACCAGAAGACCUAGGAUCCAAUACCAUCAUCAGUCAAACUUGUGAACCACACAAAUAUGACACAACAAAAGAGAAUAUAUAUAUAUAUAUAUAUAUAUAUGUACACACACACACAUAUAUAUAUCAUCAUAAUGAUAGUGAU